GUCCCGGUGGCUCUGUUAUUAUUAUAUAGUUCUGGCUUCUGAGCAGUAUAAUAUAUAUACACAUAUGAAUAUGACCGUGAAAUGAAAAUUUCUAGGGAGCUUACCAAUUCAGGGGACCAAAGCUUUCAAAGUAUCAAGGGUAAACUUGAAUGAUGAGCAAGAAGGAGAAAUCACAGAAGAAAUCGGGCAAGGAGAACCACGGAGAAUGGUUAUGUUGCGACCUUGCAGAAACGCUAGCAAUUCAGACCCCUAGGACAUUGAAAGAUGACAACUUUGGCAUAAACCAAUACAAGGUCAAGGAGGAAGCUCUUUUGAGCUCCACUUGUCCACUCAAAAUAGAGUUGCCAGCGCCAGAAUCAACUCUGGGUUGGCCUCUUCAGAGACUAACUGUUCCUUCAAUGAGUCAGGAAGCUCCUCCUCCUGAAAGAGAGCUUUGUGAUUUGAAAGGGAGGGACGUUGAUGAAUCACCAUUAUCAAGGCCUGGUUGGCCUCUCUUGCGGAUAGGAGCCAUCUCAGAAGCAGCUAUGAGUCCUAUCAGAGAAUUCAAAGCCAGAGAAAAAAAGUCUGUGGCUCAGUGGGUGAUGGAUUUGCCUAGUCGAUCAUUUUCAGUAAAUCAACAGCCACAGGUUGAUUUGAUUUUGAGGGAUGUAGAGUACACAACCGAAAGACAGAGCCGCUGUUAUGAUGCCACGAAUGGUGAUGAAAAUUGCUUAUCAGUAUCAUCAAGAAAGCUAGCCAGUGAAUUGGAGUUUCUCAUUGAAAAAAACUCAGUAGGUUGCAGGUUGUUCAGCUAUGAAGAAAUUAGGAGUGCAACUUGUCAGUUCUCAACAGGAAAUCUUAUCGGCGAGGGAGGGUGCAGCAGCGUAUACAGAGCAUGUCUCGGAGAUGGUAAACCAGUGGCAGUCAAGAUUCUGAAAUCAUACAAAGAAGCUUGGGAUGACUUUUUCUUGGAAGCCAAAUUUGUUUCUUCAAUUCAGCAUAAACACAUCACAUCUCUCAUUGGUGUCUGUGCGGAAGGUGGCAACCUUAUUUUGGUCUAUGAUCUCUUUCCUAGAGGGAGCUUGGAGGGAAACUUGCAUGGUUGCAGUGAUGGAUCUAUAGUACUGCCAUGGGAAGUGAGAUUCAAUGUGGCAGUUGCAGUUGCCGAGGCUCUAAAUUACCUGCACAAUGAAUGUCCUCCGCCCAUUAUUCACAGAGACGUUAAAUCCUCAAACAUUCUUCUCUCCGACGAGCUUCUGCCACAGUUAUCUGAUUUUGGGCUUGCUAUGUGGGGAUCUACGGAUUCUGCUUAUGUGAUAAGUAGUGAUGUGGUGGGGACUUUUGGAUACAUUGCUCCAGAAUAUUUCAUGCAUGGGAUGGUGAGUGACAAGAUUGAUGUUUAUGCCUUUGGUGUGGUUCUCCUUGAAUUAUUAUCAGGAAGAAAGCCAGUUGAUGCAGGGGCCCCAAAAGGGCAAGAGAGCUUGGUUAAGUGGGCAAGACAUUUAUUGGACAGUAUGGAUCUCAAAGCACUGCUGGAUCCAAACUUAAAUGGGGACUACAAUGAUAUCCAAAUGCGUAGAAUGGUAUUGGCAGCAGGCCUUUGCAUAAACCAAUCACCUCGUCUUCGCCCAAAAGUGAGCCAGAUACUGCAGCUACUAACAGGGGAGACGGAUGCCGAUAAAUAUUUUGAUUCUCAUGCUAUGGAAUCGAGGGAAGAUGACAACGAUGACCUUUUCCUGGAAAUUGAUUGCAAGUCGCAUUCGGUUUCUGCCAUGUCUGAUACAAACGAUGGUAGCAGAUCAUCAAGUUCCACUGACACAGCAUCAAGUGUUGAGAAAAUCCGCCGCUAUAAGUUGAAGGACCACUUAACUAUACGUGACCAUUAUUCUUUGAGCGAAAUUUUUUUGCUUUCCUGACAAAGCAACAUGCUAA